GAUCGAGUUUUCACGUCCCAUCUCAACCCGGUACAACGUGGUAUCCACGCCGGUCUCUUCAUUCAAGAAGAUAGUCUAUCGUCAUAUCUUACAAUUUUUCGGAAACAUUCGGGUUCGCGAAUUCAGUACUCGGUUUUCGAAAAUUGCAUCCGCUAAAUCACCGUCUCAUCAGUUAUCAACAUCAACUGAUUUUUUAAAGCCCUAUUUUCAUCAAGGUCCCGCGAUCUUGAAAAAUUUGUGAGUGGUAUAAUUGGAGGGAUAUGAUACAGUGGUUUAAGCAUCGCGAACAUUUAGUGACUCAACCAGUGAUCAGUGAAUAGUGAUCAGUGUCAUUUGAAAAAAAAACUUGUUCAUAAUAAAAGUAUGAAUAUUACGCACGGCUGUUAAAGGACAGGUAAAUAUCGUCAAGGUCUACCAGUGUCUUUGGGAUUCAUCUUGAAAAACCCAUAGGAAAAGAGUUUUGCAAGUCCCUUAAAACGAAAGCUAUUGCACAGUGAUUUCUUAUAUGUCAGUGGAGUGAAAGAUCAAGAAGACUAGCACUUAUAAGCUGAUAAUUAUAUCUGCAGCGCGUGGAAUUGUUGAGCGUGCGGCCACGUGAUCAGGGACACGUCAUAGUGUUUCAUUUGAAAUUACAGCGUUUCAACGGCCAACAUCGCAUCUCAAGUGAGCCUUGCGACAAAUAGAAUAAUUAAAAACCCAUUAUAAGGCCGCUCCCCGUUAUCUCGCGAAUCCGUCUAGGCAGACAAUUCUGCGUUAUUGUCCUCGUCAAGUGAGACUUGUACUGUUUAAACUCUUCGUGAAACGCUAACUCUUUAAUUUCUGGGACCAAACUCAGUGACUAUCUUGAAAUCCUGACAAUUUCUAUAUCAAUUAUAAUUAACCAUUAGCUUCUUAAUCACCUUUAAUUACUCGCAAUUACCCCGGUGUGAUUAAAUAGGCUGAUGUCACUGGCGCUGAGCCAUCUAUUAGAUCUUGAAGAUUUCGAGUUAAAGAACGAUAGGAUCCUGUGCUGAAUAGUUUAACGAAGGACGAAAAUAGCCAACUACGUGAGUGCUGUGUUUCUAAAUAAAAGCGACAUUUCGGAAAAAGCCGUGAUUUCGUCAGAAGAUCCAUCACUCGAUUCAUUGGGACCGAUAAAUUAUUCGCGAGAUUGCUACCAAGAGAGAAAAACGUCGUUCUACGUACAUCAGUCACGAGUGGUCUCAGACUGUGAGUCAUCGGGAUGCGAGGCUGACAUGGCGGAGGGCUCGGCCGAGGAGGAACAGAGCAGUACCGCUGCACCGGCUUCACCCCCAGCUGACCUCCGUAUUCUAAAUACUCAGCUGUCAUCACCCUAUCAGCACCAGCCUUGUCUUCAGUUACAUCUUCAGCAUCGACAGCAUUCCAACAUGCUGGCUACCGCUGUCCCACCCAGGCACAGUCACAGCAUGCUUUCGCAUCAGGUCAAGACGGAACUCGAGAUGGACAACCCCUGCGAUGUUCCUCUCAACUUAAAAAGCGAGGAAAGUGACAGGAGUAGUAAUGGAAGUCCUGAGCCGGCCUCGGGUACGUUACAAGAACAUCAUCAGAUGAUGUUGGAGGAGAUGAAAAGCUGCCGAAAGAGGCGGCGCAGUUCCUCACCCGAAAAUCUGGACCACGCAAAACGUGCUGCCAAAGCUCAAGCUCACCUCAACGGUACAAUGGCGGGUAUGGUGACCCUUCAAAACCUUCAGAAUUUGGCUAAUCUGCAAAAUUUACCUCAAGUUGCCUCACUGGCAGCCGGCCUCCAAGGGAUGACGGGAUUGACUAAUAAUCAGCUAAUUAAUACUCCCCUCAAUCUCACAGUUAGCUCAUCUGCUGGAACGGUACCAACUCCAUCGAGUACGACGGUAGCAUCCCACCUUUUGCCACCAAGUUCGGCCCCCAUGGCGACUCUUCCCCAACUCCUCUCACAACCUCAACCCGUCGCGAUGCCGCAGUUCAUUUUAACGUCGGGUCAACUCGUUCAAGGCAUUCAAGGUGCCCAACUUCUCAUACCAACUUCGCAGGGUAUUGCCACCCAGACGAUCCUCACCAUCCCUGUUAGCCACGUGACGAAUAAUCAAAUGGUUAACUUGGCUCUUAGCAAUGGUCAAGUGGUCUCAACGACCUUGGCGAACCUUCAGUCGAUUGCACAACCACAAAGCUUGAUGAAUACUCCAACUAGUAAUGUACCAACAAGUCCCAGUUUGGCGACUGGGUUGGGUUUGAACCCAGCAGCAUUACCGCACCUCCUUGGAAAUAAUUCGGCGAGUCAGCAAUUGUUAAAUGCGAUGCAACCACAACAAUUAUUACAAGCGGCUCAAGCAGCCCAAGCGCAGGCUCAAGCUCAAGCACAGGCUCAAGCUCAGGCUCAAGCCCAGGCUCAAGCUCAGGCUGUUCAGGCUGCUCAAGCACAACAACAACCCCUCCUUUCAACCUCCCCCCAACAUCAUGGGCACCGGCAUAGUUCACACAUGAACCAUUACGCGCCUACGGAAAAACACCACAGAGAGAGACAUGAGCAAUCAUCGCCCCUGAAUGGGUCCGUAGUAUCCGCUGCUUCCGCCCUCAAUCGACUCGCUGCCAACAAUGGCGAGAUAACGAUCACAACAACACAUGGACCUGGUGGAACAGGUGUCAAAGCAUCGCCUAGCAGUUUGCACAGUCCCAAGGAUGAAGACGAUGAUCUUCUUAAUGACUCGCCCAAUCAGCCAACGAUCAACGAAGCCACAAAUAACGUAGUAGACGGAAUUAAUUUGGACGAAAUUAAAGAAUUCGCCAAAGCAUUUAAACUUCGACGGCUCUCUUUAGGAUUAACUCAGACCCAAGUCGGGCAGGCCCUCAGUAUCACGGAGGGUCCAGCUUAUAGUCAAAGCGCAAUAUGCAGUGCCCUGGCUACCCAGAUGAUCGCUGCCUCGCAGAUUGCCUCUCAGCAGCAAGCUAUGUUUGAAAAGCUGGAUAUCACCCCCAAGAGUGCACAGAAGAUCAAGCCUGUGUUAGAGAGGUGGAUGAAGGAAGCUGAAGAGAGUGCUCUUGAUUCUAGGUACAAAAGCGGUGCUAAUCACCUAACGGACUUCAUCGGAGUCGAACCAAGCAAAAAGAGAAAACGACGAACCUCUUUCACACCUCAAGCUUUAGAGUUGUUGAACGCUCAUUUUGGAAGAAACACUCACCCAAAUGGAAACGAGAUCACGACGCUGGCGCAUCAGCUGGGCUACGAAAGGGAAGUAAUAAGGAUUUGGUUCUGCAAUAAGAGGCAAGCCCUGAAGAAUACUGUUCGAAUGAUGUCAAAGGGCGUCGUAUAGAUCGUCAAUGUCUUCCUUAAUGUCGAGAGAUACUAGGCAACCAGGGAUUCAUCAGUUUGUUCCCCUGAUCCAAUUCGCAACUUUCUAUUAUUGAAAUGGCGUUAAACAAGUGAAAACAUUGAAGAAUAUUGAGAAAUAAUUUGGGAUUAAGUCCUAAGCUUUCGUUAAAACAUAUAACGUAGCCAUAACGACUGAAAUGACGAUAACGAAUCGAGCGAUUUCUGAAUUUCUCAACAGUGUAAAAAGAACCCUCGAUUCGUAUCGCAAGCAUUGUGAUCGCAAACGUAUACGCGUGUAUUAUCUGUAAAUAGUUUAUAUAGGUCCUGAGAUUUGUGAUUCCGGCAAAACGUGAUGCACGGGCGGCAAGAACGCCGACUAAUAAUUGUAAAUAUGUUUCUAGGUAUAUAUAACUUAACAAAUAUAUGUAUAUACCCAAAAAUACUUCCAGUUUUCUGUAACUUUCCAUACAGGAUGUGAACCUCCAGCUGAAGAGGAGAAAAAAUUUUAAUAAAAAAGAAAUAAUACAUUUAUGCAUCAGAUAUCGUUUGACCGAUGUCAUAUGAAAUCGGCCAGUCUGGCCCUUUUGUUGUUACGCAAUUGUUUCGGCCUAAAAUAUAUAGUUUUUCAAGACGAGAUAAUAGUAAAGGUGUAAACGAAUUUUUUUCACAAAAAAUUUGUAAUUCAACUUAAAGCUACUUGAAUAUUUAGGUGAAUUAUGAAAAAAAUUAAAGAAAAUUUUCUUGAAAAAU